AGUGACUCGAAACCUUGUAAUCAAUAUUGUUUUGCCCCCCUUCUCAAGGUCGUGCGGAUGGACAUCAAGGUUAACAUUGAUGGAGUCCUCAGGGAAGUUUGUGGAGUUACAGAGGGCACAACUUGUGAGGAAGUAAUAUUUAAACUUGCCCAAGUUGCUAGCUUGCCUGGUUUCUAUACCUUAGUUGCAAGCAUCAGAGAAGAAGAGGUCACACUGUCUCCUGAUGAGAGGAUUAUAAACUUCAUCAAGGAAACCAAAGAAAAUCCUGCUAAUAUAUGCUUUAUUCUUCGUCGAUUGGAGGCUGUCUCUCCAUUUUCUUCAAAAAAUCCUAAAGACUAUCCACCUGUUCCUAGUCAUCAGUCAACAAAUCGUUCUCAUCCUCAAAAUGCGCGUAGUGCAUCUCGUAGAUCUAAUGUACAACCGUCGUCCGAAAACCAAGAUUUGUACUGUAGCACUCCAUCAGCUUUAACAACUCCAGUUCACCAGUAUGUUGGCUCUACGAAACAACUACGAAAUUACUACAACGACACUACGCGAGAAGCAAUUAAUUCUCAGCUGACAGCAAAUUCAAUUAGUAGUGAACAAGCCUAUCAUGAUGUUGAUCAAUAUAAUCAACUUAAAGAUCAAUUGGCAUAUCAAGAACAACAGGUUGAACUCAAUCGAAUACGAUUACUACGUUUAGAUAAAGAAAUUAAUCAUUUAGAACAAUCCGCUCGAUUAGGCGGAAAAGAUGGUUAUACAUCACCUGAACUUUUAAGUGGAUCUGCUGUUGGUCCAGUCGCAGAACUGGCUCAGUUAGCUGCUACACCUUGGUCACAAUUAUUGGAUACAAAUCGAGCAAGACAACGUGAAUUAUUGUCAGAAUGUGAACGACACAAAAUAGCUAUUGAUCAAGUAGAUAAUCAUCUAGCGAAAACAAAGAUGAAUUUAUCUCAAUUGGAGAAUCAAAUCAGUCAAGAAUUAAAUCAACUACUCAAUGAACUAGAAGGAUAUAAUCAACACAGGCGAGUACUCUUAAAAUCGGCUAACAGUUCACAUUCUCGUUCAACAAGAACUGUAAACAUGUCGGAUACAAGUGAUGGUGUUGCUGUAUGAUGAUGUACAUAUGUGUGAUGGGUUUUUCCUGCAGUUUCUGUUUAUAAACAUUAUUAUUAUUAUCAUGUAUUAAUUGCGCAAUGACUUCAAAUGCACUAAUAUCAGCUUUUUAUUUUAUCAAUAAAUUCUUACUUAAAAUAAUACCUAAGUACGAUUGUUCUAAUGUGAUGACUCAUCCAUAUAUAGACAGACUUACCAACUUCAAAGAUUACGACUCACUUGUUCAACAUAAAUAUUGUGUACACUAUUAUUUUAGGCAUUUUACGCGCGAACUAGUAACUUAAAAAUGUGAAAGAGUAAUCUUAAAAAAUACUUGUGCACCACACCAAUAAUAGAUUCGUCUGUGGAAGAUAUUGCGCUAACAAUAAUCUCCAAACUACUGAGCAGAACUUGCUUGCCGACUAGCGUGUUCAGUUGCUCAAUUAUUCUACAAUGUUUCAAGACUACAAAGUUUUUUUCUUAACUACCUGCAAAUUGUAAUCAGCAAAUCGAUGAACGAUAUUAUCAUGUAUAAGAAGAAAACAAAACACACUGAUUAUAUUCUGAGAAAAGAUGAUGUUCAACGUGUAAUUCCUCUUUCUCUGAAAUGACGCACAAGGCAGUUUUUUAACAGCUCAAAAUCAUAAAACACCCAUUUUAGACAGUGUUCAUGAUUUGCUGUUAAGUGUUAGCUUCUAUGCCUUGGAGCGUAAUUCAGAGACUUAGGAGUUCACGGUAUUGUUUACAACAUGGAGUUAUGUUUUUUUUAAAUUUGACCAAGAAUGCUAUUAUUAAGAAGUUAAGUAAAUUGCAAAAGGAAAAUCUUACCGCGUAAUUUUCAUCCUGAUGUGUGAUCUUCGUACCGAUCGUAUCUACUAUUAUUAUUACUAUUCCCUUAUGUUCCCAGUGGAAUAUACGACUUCAGCAGCUCGCUUCCAUUUCAUCCUGUUCUCAACAAUCACCUUUAGUUGGCUUCGCGAUUGCCCAUAACCUCUCAUUUGCUGCUCACACAAUCUCCUCCAUGUCACUCCCCGUUUCCCAUUCGGGUUGCCCUCGAGGGCUUGGCAUCCGAUGAUACUCAAUGGUUUUCUCAGCAUAUGUCUCAUCCAUCUCCAUUUUAUUCGGCAAUAGGUUCUGAGUUGGUUAGUUCCCAGAGUUCCUUGUUGCUGAUCGUUUUCGGCCCUCUGAUAUUCACUGCCGAGCUUGGGCAUCUGUUGAUAAAAGUCUGGAGCCUGUUUGAAAUGCUUUUGGUAACAUGCAAACUCUCUGAACCAUACAGAAGCGUUGACUUGACAGCAGUGUUGGAAAUCCGAAUCUUACUCUUACGCUUAGUGUAGCAGAUUCCCUAACUGAUUUCAGAUCAAUGAAGAUCCUACUUACCUUUCCAAUUCUGGCUUUGAUAUCUCCAUCCAUACCGCCUGUAGUUGAAACGAUUUUGUGUAGAUAAGUUAGAGAAAUCACUUCCUUCAAAUUCCUCGCAAUGAUGGUGAUAGGUGCUUGUUGUUUUUGAUUAGGUAGUGUCUCCACCCCCUUUGUCUUCUCUAUGGUCACUUGAAUUUCCGUCAUCCCUGCCUCUUCUGCCGCCAACUUGUUGGUUAUCACACCUGUAGAUCUCCGAGUUCAUGUGACAUAAAACAUGAAUUGUCCGCCAAGUCCAAAUAUUGUCGAAUCUUAUCGACCCACCGUAUUUCUAUCUUCCCGCUCCUCAUAGCCUGCCUCAUGAUCCAUUCCACCACAAUUAGAGAUACUAGGCGGCCUCAUUUUAUCCCUGUGUUCAUUACAAAGACAUCGUGUACUGUUUUGUCUCCACUCAUAGCGUAUGGGCUUACUUACUUACUGAUUCUUGUUUUUCUCUGCCUUACAACACUUCAAUCCACCCAUAAUCAAACUCAUAUAUGUAUAUUUUCAACGCCUUUUUUCCACGUGACCAUUCGACUAUAUCACAAAUUUCUAUUUAAAUCUUAAAAAAUAAAUAAAAUAAAAGAAUAAUGCAGUUGAAUUUAUGUUAAAGAAAGAAAGAAAAAAGAAUUUACCAUUCGCUUUUAAAAGUAGUUUAUAACUUCAACGUCAUAUCUAUAAAAGUUAAUAAAAAUUUAUAAAUUCUUGUUUGUUAGAGAAAACUGUUUAUCUAGUUUUUAAAAUUUACAAUGUUGAGAGAAUAAACAACAGAUUCUGUGCAGCAUAAAAUAUUAACUGGGGAUCAUUCUGUUUUGUUUAAGUUAUUAUCA